AUGAUAUAUACUGAAGAAUUGGAGAAAGAAGAAGAUAAAGAUAUGGUUAUGUUGCAUUUAGUCAGAAGAAACAACAAGAGCUUUUAUGACUUAGCUAAAAUAUAUAAAUCUGACAGAAACUGGUUCUAUCGUGAAAACUUACCGAUUUCAAUGACACCGAAUGAGCAAAUAAAGGAAAUUGUCAAAAAUACUCUUCCUCAAACACACUAUGACAUCAAAGGUUGCACAAUACUUACAUUCAAAGAAGACUUAACAUUACUGAAGGAAAAAAUAACAGAAUAUUUCGAUAACUUCAAAGAGGAAGAAUGA